GGGAGCGUGCCUGAGCGCGCGCGUACAGGCGUGCACGCCUGCAUGCCUGCGCGCGCCGCGUGUGUGUGUUUGUGUGCACGAGAAUUUAUUAUGUAACAUGUUCCCGAUCACAUCCCCAGCCCUGAGUCUGAAGGCAUAAGGUCGCUUUAAGAGAUAUGUGAGCGGCUAUCAGUGAUCCAGGCAGGACACCUCCUCCUCCACCUCCUCCUCCUCCUCCUCCUCCUCCACCACCCCGAUCAAAAACUCCGCUGCUGUGUCUCACCUGAUGCGAAACGGAGCUCCGGACUCCAACAAGGAGGAAUAUAUCGGAUUGAGCGCACGCAGAAGGGGAGACGAGAGUGGCUCUCCACCAUCAACCAGCGGCACCUGUCCGGAGAAAGUCCGCCUGACGCACAGCUGCACACGGACACACACAGCAGCGAGGGGAUACUCCUGUAAAGCUCGGCAGAGAUUAAGGAUGUGGGGAAAACUCUAAAUAUUAUUCAUGAAGUAAUUAAAGCACAUGUGGCACAACAAAUUAGUUUAAUUAGUCCACGUGAAUCCAGGAAAAAACAAAAAACACCAUCAUGGAUCCGCAGCACAACACCAACCACAACCACGCCUUGUGGAAAGAGAUACCGUGGGAUUUCACGGAGGACUGCUCGCUCUCGGUGAGCGGCACCACUUUUCUCAUCAUCGCCUACAGCACGAUGAUGGCAGUCGGCCUCAUCGGGAACUCUUGCCUCGUGUUCGUCAUCAUGCGGCACAAGGAGAUGCGCAACGUCACCAACAUCUUCAUCGCCAACCUGUCCUGCUCUGACAUCCUCAUGUGCAUUGUAUGCCUGCCGGUCACGAUUAUCUACACCCUGAUGGACCGCUGGAUCCUCGGAGAAGCCCUCUGUAAGCUCACGCCUUUCAUCCAGUGCAUAUCGGUCACCGUCUCCAUCUUCUCCCUCGUCCUCAUCGCCAUGGAGCGCUACCAGCUCAUCGUCCACCCGACUGGAUGGAAGCCGGUGGUGGGUCAGUCCUACUUGGCCGUGGCCGUGACUUGGAUCGUGGCCUGCCUAAUCUCUGUGCCUUUCCUGUCAUACAGCGUGCUCACCUCGCCUUUCCAGAACAUGAGCGUCCCUUUCCCCUUCCCGGUCAACGACCACUUUGUUUGCAUGGAGCGGUGGCCAUCCGUCCAAGAGCGGCGAGCUUACACCACCUCCCUGCUCGUCUUCCAGUACUUCCUUCCUCUCGCCCUCAUCAUGGUGUGCUACCUGCACGUCUUCCUCCGUCUUCGGAGGAGGAAGGACAUGGUGGAGCGCGGCCGGAACUCCACUCAAAAGAAAAACAAGGGCGCAACGAGGAUCAACGCCAUGUUGAUCUCCAUAGUGGUGGUGUUCGCCCUGUCCUGGCUCCCCCUCAACAUCUUCAACACCGUGUUUGACUGGAACCACGAGGCCAUCCCGACCUGCGGCCACGACAUCAUCUUCUCCUUCUGCCACCUCACGGCCAUGGCGUCCGCCUGUGUCAACCCCAUCAUCUACGGCUUCCUCAACAGCAACUUCCAGAAACAGCUCAAGUCCACGCUGUUGCGUUGUCGCUGCUGGGGGGUGGCAGAGAGGUACGAGAGCGUCCCGCUCUCCACCGUCAGCACCGAGGUCACCAAGGGGUCGAUCUUGAGCAAUGGAUCUAUCAGCAUCAAUUCUUAAACCCAAGCUUUUUCAGUCAAAGACAAAGAAACUAGCAGAGGGCCUCUUCCGCCCUCAUUGUGUCAUCCCGUGAAGCUUUUCUUGCUUCGUUGCGUCCAAAAGCAAGGUUGACAUUUACAAAGUUACAAACCUCACAACAGCAGCCCGGAGGGAGUCGACUGAAAACAGCUUGGCGCCGUGCCCUCGAUUCAACAUGAAUCACAUCUAAGAGGAAGUAGAUAACAAGAAUGAUGGUACAAAGGUUGGACAAGUUUAAGUAUUGUUGUGUGACUGAAGGCACUUUACAUAAGCACUUUUGGAUAGUUCAUUCCCCCGUGUGCUGUGUGCACAAACACAUGAAGAGACAGCGUUUAAUCCGGCUUAUAUGUUUUCUUUCCAAAGAUCUGGGAUCUGCUCAGAAAUCACGUUUAAAAUGAGACAUCCAGGGUUUGUUUUCCACCACUGGGCUCAUGUUCUUUUCACUUUAGCUGUUUUAUGUUAUUAGUAUUGAUGAAAAUAUUAAGGGAUUGUGAACUGUGAUGUGUUAACGCGUAACCGAUGGAGAAAACAUUAAAUGUGACUCCAGGCGUUUCAUUUAGACGACGUACUAACAUCAUCUUAAUGUAUUUCUUAUUACCUAAAGUCACCACAGACGGCGUAAUGAUCUUUUUAAACUCGAAACCUCGGCAUACAUUUCAUGCUGUCGCCGAGGUCUGCGCUCCAGUGUAUUCUGCCAUACAAUAACCAUAUAUCAAGUGCCAUAAAACAAAAUAAAAGUGGCAGUUAGUGGGGACAUUGCCCGAGUUGCUGUAUAUAUAACGUCACUGAAUACAUGUACAGCUUUGUAAAAGAUGUGACACUUGUAGUUUAUGGUGGUGUGGUUUAUGGGAAUAAAGAGCACUGUGUAGCGUAGCAGAUAUCUGUUAUUGGUCACUUCUCUUUGUGCUGUUGAACUGAAUUAAAACAUUUACUUU